AUGCUAGUGCUGACACCAGUGCCGGAAACCACCCCAUGUGAUGCCAACGACAAGGACAAGGUUCCUGCUGACGCGACGAUUCUCUCCGCAUCACGACGUGCGCACAAGCAGCCGCCAACCGUAAAAGCCGGAUCCUCUCUGGGGGUGAGAAAGGAGGACGACGACCCCCGCAGCGGCAGGGGCGGCGCUGAUCACGCGAACGCGCCGCCCUCGAAUGGCGGUGACGCGGCGGCGGUGGCCGUAGCAGCAGCGCCGGCGAUUUCCUCGGGGGCCCAACCAACCUGCGGCAGCAAUGACCGCGAACCCCCCCAUAGUCUAGGCGGCAUGGCCCCGGAAGAGAGCGAGAAGAGUCCGCUGACGUCGGCCUCGUCGCCAACGGGGGGGAUGAUCCUGAACGCCCCCGGGGUGGUGUCAAAGAGCGUUCGCGAGAGGGAGGUCAAGCCGCCGGCGCCGAUGAGAAUAGGCGGCUUCGCCGGCGGCGCUGGCGCUGGCGGGGUGAUCGUGACACGAGGAGACAAGCAGCGUCUCGGACUCGCGAAGGGAGCGAAGCACGGAAUGGCGGCAGCGGGGAGCGGUAUCAUCGGAGGGUUCCCGGCGGCGCGCCACCGCUCAGAGAUGGGCCUCGUUAAGCUCGGGGCGGGUGCUGCGGCCGCUUCUACUGGUGCCCCCCCCGCCACCACCCCUGCUACCGCUGCCGCUGCCGCUGCAAAGGAGAACGCAGCAACCGAAAGAGGCGGCCGUGGCGGGGCCGUCAGAGGCCGCGGUGGCGGCGGCAGCGGCGGCGGCGGCGGCGGCGGCAGCGGCAAUAUCCCCGGCGACAUCCACGAAGAGAACCUGUCGCGGAUCUCGGCCAUGUCCCCGGACGAGAUCGCCGACGCGCAGCAGGAGAUCCGCGCGGCGUUGCCGCCCGGGGCGCUCGAGAUGCUCCUGCGGCGGGGACGGGGACGGGCAGGAGGUGGAAAGACCGCCGGUUGCACUUCGGCGCCGUCGGCAGCGGCAGCGGCAGCGGCGGCGGCGGCGGCGGCGGCGGCGGCGGGAGAAACGAAGGCCGGCAGCGAAGAGAACCACCGCGCAGGGAGGAGGAGGAGUCCGGUGCUGGCGACGACGAGCCACGGCGAGUCGACGGCGCCGACGGGAGACGAAGGCGACCGCUCGAACGGCGGCGGUCCAUCUCGGUCAACAGCUACCGCGACUGGCGAUGCGGCUGCCGCCGCCGCCGCCGCUGCUGCUGGUGGUUCUCCGUCGAGAAAGACGACAAGCGGGGCGCCGACCGGGGCGCAGCGCGCGGCGACCGCGGCCGGCGGGAUUGACUCCAAGGAGGCCCUCGAGGCCGCCCUUCUCACCCUCCCGCCGGAGGAGAGGGAAAAGUCACGCUGGACUCUCACCGCCGGCGGGGACGCGGCGGUAACAGCGGCGGAAGCGGCGGAAGCUACAGCGGCUGUCGGUGGGCCCGGCGGCACCGGUGGGCGUGGGGCGGGCGACGAGGCUCGGGUUGAUCUGAACGGUGCGGUGGUGGUGCUUGCGGGAGACGGAGGUGGGGGGUCCGCGGGGGAUGGGGGGGGGGGACUCGAGGCGUUGCAUCAUCACGGGGACGAUCCUGACAAAGCCGGGUAUACCCCAUCCGAGCUAGUGCGGCUGGCGAGGAGCACGGUGUCGGGGCAGAGGCAGCUGGCGCUGCGCGCCCUGGCUGGACUUCUCAAGGUUCGCGCGGCGUGCAUAGCCCGGGGGCAGACCCCGCCGCAUCGCCGCCUCCCGGAAAUGCUGCCGGUCGCGAUAAGGCUGUGCCUCGACGAUGGCAACCCGUCGGUAACGUCCGCGGCGCUUAUUGCGACCGAGGCGCUCUUGGCCCCUUUGGCGCGAGACGGCGAGGACGAGGAGAGCGCGAUGCAGGGGCUCUCGUGGGUAGACUAUCAGGCAAGCAUGUGCGCACGUUUUGCCUUGUGGUGUCUUUAG